UAAGCCCACCAUGAAAGUCUGGUAGGUGAAAGGCCCAAUUCUAAUUUCCAACGGGUUCCUGGAUACCUGGUUUUAGCGGGUAAAUUAAAAUCAGGGUUUUAGAAAAACCCUAGACUCUGCGCAAUUAACGAAUCAAAGACGAGGUAGAAGCUCCCAGCUGCGUAGAACAAUGGCUUCAGAUUCCAUGGAUUCAAUGAAUAUGAGGAUCUCAGAGCUUUUGAAAGAGGUCCAGUUUGAUUACUCUCCGGCGAACACCAAAAUUAUUGACGACGUUGUUUGCUCUAUCAAAGAUGCUAUCGACAAAAUCCCCGAGGACAAGGUUACUGCUGAUUUAGCCCCGGGGUUCAUUAGAGACAUUAAUGCUGAUAAAGUUGAGUUUACGUUUAAGAAGCCACUGUCAAUGGAAAUUGGCGGUAGUUAUGCUAUGCAAUGCGUUGUAAAACCUGACAUAAGUGUGGAUCUUUUACUUCGCUUGCCAAAGGGAUGCUUUCAUGAGAAAGACUACUUGAACCAUCGGUAUCAUGCCAAAAGAUACCUCUAUCUUUGCAAAAUCAAGAAGCAUCUGAAGGUUUUGCCACAGUUUGAAAAUUUGAGGUGGUCUUCUUUUCAAAAUGAGUCUCGGAAACCGAUACUUGUAGUCUGCCCAGCUACAAAGCUAGUUGAAAAGACUGGAUUUGUUGUAAGGAUAAUCCCCGUGGCAACUUCUUUGUUUAAUCCAUCAAAGCUGCGGUUGGAGCGGAACAAUGUCCGUUCUCAUAAUCAAGGAGGUGUUUUACUGCCCACACCAAAAUACAACAGCAGUAUACUUGAGGACUUGCUUAUGGAGUCUAAUGUUUUAUUCAUCAACAAAACCUUUUCUGAAUGGAAGGAAUUGAAAGAAGCUCUAAUACUACUUAAAGUUUGGGCUCACCAAAGGAGUUCAAUAUAUGCCCAUGAUUGUUUAAAUGGAUUCCUUAUUUCUGUUAUAAUGGCAUUCCUUGCCAAAAGAACUGGUAGCAACAGCAUUAAGAACAUAAUGAAUUCAGUGCAAAUAUUUCGGGUCACCAUGGAGUUUAUUGCAAACUCUAAAAUUUGGGACAAGGGACUUUUAUUUAAUGCAGUAGGUGAAAACAAUGGAUCAACCAAGAACACAAGGGUAUGCUUCCAACAAUUUCCUGUGGUUAUUUCCAAUGCCGAUUCAGAGUUCAAUCUGGCAUUUCGCCUGUCACAGAGUGGUUUCCAAGAGCUCCGGAAUGAGGCGGCAUUGGCACUUACUUGCAUUAGAAAGUGUAGAGAUGGUGGGUUUGAAGAGCUUUUUAUGACAAAGGUUGAUUUUCCGGCUAAAUAUGACUAUUGCGUAAGAUUGAAUAUGAGAGGACACCGUGACAUUUAUGAUUCGGGAUUUUGUUUGGAUGAUGAAUGUUGGCGAUUGUAUGAGAACAAGGUAGGGUCUGUCUUGAAUCAAGGGUUGACAGAGAGAUCUAAGCUUGUUCGUGCUCUUUGGAGAAAUACUGCAUCUGGAUGCAAUUUUGAAGAGGGACUGUCAAAAUUUGAUGAAGAACCAUUGCUUAUUGGGAUAUCAGUAAGCUCCGUGGAGGCAGCCUUUAAAAAAGCUACCGUAGGCCCUAGCUAUGAAGAAAAAGAUAAGGCUCUAGAGUUCCGAAAAUUUUGGGGAGAUAAGGCAACACUUAGACAGUUCCGUGACAGUAAAAUUGCUGAAGUUGCAGUUUGGGAGUGUAAAGAGUGGGAGAAGCAUCUCAUUGUGAGAGAUAUAGUUGAGUAUGUUUUAUCACGGCAUCUAUCUAUUACCAAAGAGAAGAUCGUUCCCAUUGCCAGUCAACUUGAUUUCACUCUUCUACAGAAGGAUUUAGAUCCUAUAUCUUUCUCAACUGAACUUUUGGGAGCAUUUGAAGAGCUUUCAAAGCGUUUGCAUGAAUUGAGUGAUAUUCCUUUGCGGGUGUCAAGUGUGCUAGCUAUUGACCCAGCUUUCAGGCAAACUUCUGUCUAUCCCCCUGCACCUCAUCCUCUGGCAUUUGAAAAAUGCAUUGAGUCAACACAGCAAAGACCUAUUUCUACAUGUUUAAAACCACUAGAAGUUGCAAUUCAGCUGGAAGGCUCGGGAAAUUGGCCACUGGAUGAAGUGGCUAUGGAGAAGACAAAAUCAGCAUUUCUUAUCCAAAUCGGGGAAAGUCUUCAUAAGAAAUGGGGAAUGACGUGUACAGCAACAGAGGAUGAUGUAGAUGUUAUUAUGUCUGGAUUUGCAUUCCGCCUUAAAGUUUUGCAUGAGAGAGCUUUGAGUUUGGUAAAUAGGCAAUUUAAUUAUGGUCAAGCAAAGUGGGUUCUCUCCACGGAUAAAAACCUCCUCCUUCGUCACAUUCAUGCUGGCAUGACCAAUGGCUUGCGGGGUCGUUAUUCAAUUUAUGGCCCUGUUGUUCGUCUGGCAAAACGUUGGGUAUCCGCACACUUCCUUUCCCCCUUGUUGGCAGAGGAGGCAGUUGAGUUGAUGGUUGCCUAUAUUUUUUUGAGCCCUUUUCCAUUUGAUCCUCCUUGCUCUCGCAUAACUGGAUUUCUAAGGUUCCUAAGAUUAUUGUCAGAAUAUGACUGGAUGUUUUCUCCUCUGGUGAUUGAUUUUAAUGGUAUUUCGGCCAAUAUGGAAGAGCAACAAGGGAGUGAUUUUACAGCUGAGGAUUUGAAGAAAAUCAAUACGGCUUUUAAAAAAACUAGAGAAGAAUCACAGACAAAAUCGCAUGAUGCAAGGCCUGCAAUGUUCUUGGCUACUAAAUACGACCUUACCUCUGAAGCGUGGACCAUAUCACCUACAGCAACAGAGCUUAAGAGAUUGGUGGCAUAUGCAACCAGCAGUGCAAAUUUGUUGACCAAACUGAUUUCCCAAGAUCAGCAUGACUCUAACGGCUGGAAAUGCCUUUUUCGCACACCUUUAUGCAAUUAUGAUGCUGUGGUUCUUCUCCACCGAGACAAAUUACCUUAUCCGCACCAUCUUCUUUUCCCGUCUGAACUCCAACAAGGUCAUUGUGUUGUGCGUGGCAAGCCAACCAAGACAUUCCAUCCUUUCAUUCUCACUGCAAACCUCAGAAAUAGCUACAAGGAAUUGAAAUCCAAAAUGAUGGUGGACUUUGAUCCCCUGAAGUGCUUUAUUACAGAAAUUAAGAGAGAAUUUCCAGAUACAUUCAAGAUUUGGUACGACUCAUUGGGCGGUGAUGCCAUUGGUUUAACUUGGGUAAAAGCCAAUUCGAAGAAAAGGGGAAGGGAUUCAACAGACGGGAGUGAAGAUCAUGAGGCUAAUAUACUGAGAAGUGUUGGUGAAGUUGGUAAAGGCUUUGUAAGGAGCAUUCAUUGCCUUAAACCCCGAAAAUUAAGUUAAUCCUACUGCAGGUUGGAGUAACUUUCUUCUUCUUCUUUUUUAAACGAAAAUUAAGUUAAAGAAAUAUUUUCUGUUGUAAUUUCAAUAUCUUUGCAAGGGACAAAGACCAGAUUGCAGCAAAAAUGUGUAAAGCAGGCAGUUACUUGUAAUUGUAGAUGCAUUUUUCCCCCAUCCCCUUUAUGAAUGUUGUCUUCAAUCUUCAUUCAACAAGAAAAAAACUGAUGAAAU